GUACUGAGGAGCUGCACUGAGUUCGUGGAGCAGCACGGGGUGGUGGACGGCAUCUACCGCCUCUCCGGCGUCUCCUCCAACAUCCAGCGGCUGCGGCAAGAGUUCGACAGUGACCGCUGCCCAGACCUGCACAAGGAUGUCUACCUGCAGGACAUCCACUGCGUCAGCUCCCUCUGCAAGGCCUAUUUCCGUGAGCUCCCCAACCCACUGCUCACCUACCAGCUGUACGACAAGUUUGCUGAUGCUGUGGCCAUCCAGAUGGAAGAGGGACGCCUGGUGAAGAUCAAGGAGGUAUUGAAGGAGCUGCCAGCGCCACAUUACAGGACCCUGGAGUUUCUCAUGAGGCACCUUCUGCACAUGGCGUCCUACAGCAGCCAGACUAACAUGCACGCGAGGAACCUGGCCAUUGUCUGGGCCCCCAACCUGCUCCGGUCAAAGGACAUUGAGGCCACGGGGUUCAAUGGCACAGCAGCAUUCAUGGAGGUGCGCGUCCAGUCCAUCGUUGUGGAGUUCAUCCUCACCCAUGUGGAGCAGCUCUUCGGGGACGCCCCUCUCUCCGGCAGUGAGCACAAGUCCCUGCGGAGGUCCCUGCUGCCUGGCGUGGGGCUGCCGGCGUCUCUGCCUGAUGGCCAGCCCGUGCCCUACCAUGUGCCGGCCAUGCUGAACCAGGGUGACGGGCCACCGCAGAUCCGGCCCUACCACACCAUCAUCGAGAUCAGUGACCACAAAAGGAAGGGCUCCCUCAAGGCCAAGAAGUGGAAGUCAAUCUUCAACCUGGGCCGCUCAAGCCAUGAGUCCAAGCGGAAGCUGGUGAAGGCGGAGGAAAAAGAGGAUAAAUGUGGUAAAAUAAGCUUGAGGCCAGCCAAGAGCAUGGACUCACUCAGCUCCAUGCCUUUCGUCAGUGAUGAUGUCCCUCAGGUUGGCAAGAAGAGGUCGAUAAAGCAGCCGCCGCAGCGCCGGGAGAGCUUUGACACCUGCUCCUCGCCCUCACGGGAGGAGAGUUUCCCAGAGCUGGAUGAGAGCCUGGAGGAGAAAUUCAAGGCAAAGGAGGAACCACGGACCCUGGAGUCGGAGGGCGAGAGCAGCACCAAGUCGGAGCCCACCACCCCCAAACCGGGCCGGGCAUCACUGGUGGGGGUGGCUGCCCCAGGCCGCUCGCCCAAGGCCACCUGCAGCCGUGCUGAGAAGUGUGCAGGGGUCCACAUCUCGGGCCCCUUCUCCGUUACUGUCCCCUUCCAUAUCACCUCCAACCUGUCCCGCCUCACCCGGGGGCUGGAGUGCCCGGCACUGGGCCACCUCAGGGAGCCCGCGGCCAGCCCUCCAGUGCCCACUCGUGCCACCGCCGGGGAGCCUGGGGAGCCCAAGCCACAGGAAAACCCCACGGGGGAGGCGAAGAUGGAUAGCCCUGUGGACGUGGAGGAAACCCGGCUCUCCCUGGAGCUGCGGGACUCCUUUGCCUUCCUGGACAACCAGGACUCGUGGCUGGACUAUGCUGGCGAGGGCGACACAGCGGCGCGGUCCCUGCUCGGAGAUGCCAGCCUAGAGGACAGGGAGGGCUUCCCAGCCAUAGAGGAGGGCAUGGAAAGUGGCUUUAUGAAUCCGGGGGAGUCCCCCGUGGAGCAGCCCGCCAGCUACUUGUCCAUUGAGGAGUGCAUGGACGAGGAGAUGUUCUUCAUGGCUCCCAGCGGCUCUGACGCCGAGGAUCCCUCCAAGGACACCGACUCCGAGGACAUGUUCCUCAGUGCCCAUGAUGACCUCAGCUUGCUGGCUGCAGAGCUGGAGCCCCAUGCGGAGCCAGUGGGCCAAGCGCCGGCUCCGGAGCCGCCCGCACCUGCCGAAGCAGUGACCACUGACACCGCUGUGCUACAGGACGGCUUCCCAGCGCCGGAGGCGGCAGGGCUGCGUCCUGCCAAGGAGGAUGCUAGAGGUGACGGGGAGCAUCCAGGGGGUCCGGGUGGGGAGACGGCAGAGCAGGGUGCAGGCAAAUUCCCAGAGGACGAGGGGCAGGGAGGAGGUGGUGAGGAUAAGGCUCCUGAUGACAGUGCCAGCCCAAGCAGAACUGACUCCAGCGCUGAAUCCAGCCCUGGAGAUGAAGCUGGACAAGCCCUGGGCUGCACAGAGGCAGGGCUGCUCCCCAAUGUGCCAGAUGAGGAAGUUGAAGAGGAUGGGGCUGGCUCUGGUCCCCUUGUGGCAGAGGAGCAGGAGAUGGGGAAGGCUCAACCCCAGCCAUUACAGGGGGCCCCUCCAGCGGGCUCUGAAAACCAGGCUCUGAAGUGA